GUUGAUACCGUCAAACUCUUUUUGGUUGCAUCACUCGAGCUCUAGCCUACAACAUUUUUGUUCUUCGUCUUCUGGAAUCUCUACUAUCACUGGGGGAGAACUGAGUAGUAGACAGAGAUGGAUUUUGGGAAUUCAAAGCAAAAGGAGUUAGGUGAAGAGGAUUCACUGAUGCUGCCGCUUGUUGAUUUCGAGAGCCUGUGGAAAACCCAUCCUAGCCUUCCACCGGGGUUUUCAAAGGAACAGGAGGUGCAGCCGCAGGGUCCUUGGAUGCCCGGAACCCCGGUGAAGCCUAGUCCGCCAAUGGAUAUGGAUGAUCUAUGGAAAAACCAUCCUAGUUUACCGCCAGGGUUUGCUGGAUUUAGUUGGCUGGGGAGAGCGAAGGAAGCGAGUCCUGAUUCCCAAAAUGUAAGUCCUUUGGAUAACAAGGAGACUGGAGAUUCAGGCAACAAGGAGACUGGAGAUUCAGGCAAGGUUGAUUGUGAGAAUGGGGGACAAGUGGGGGAGGAUAAUUAUAUAAACUUGGAAGACUUGGGCUAUGGAAGUUCAAAUAAAGGAAUUGAAACUUGGGAGGCAUCACUGGCAAAUAUUUCCUUUACUGAGCUUUUGGGAUUAGCUUAUUCUGCUGCCCCGUCCGACGACACAACGCCUCUUCAUACACCUCAUGUUUCUUUGUUUCCAGAUUCGCAAGAGUCUAGUGUUGUGAACCCUGGUUCCAAUCAGUGGAGCUACACCAAAAACAUGGAAGGCCCUAUAUCUAAUUAUCAUGGACAGAAUCAAAAUGAACCCUCAAGUCCCACUAUAGGGUUAGUGUCUACUGCAGAGUCUAAGCAAAACGCCGGAUCCACUGAUGGGGUAGCAUGUCCUAAUAUUGGGUUAGCAGAGUCCAUUCCUCUGCAAAAUACGGCCACUGUUGGGAUAGCUUCUAGUGUUGAAUCAAUUCUGACACAUGAGAAAGGAAGCAAGAAGAAAAUAGACUUGAAUAAGAAGCCGCGCCAACAGAAGCCUAAAAAGAAAAAACAUCGGCCUAAGGUAGUUGUUGAUGAUGAUGGGAAAAAGAAGAAGAUUCCGAAGUCCAAGUCCAAGGCUCGAAAGGUUACCCCGAAAACUCCAAAACCUUUAACCCCAAAGCCAGUGAUUUUAAAAAGGAAAAGGAAGGAAAAGAAGAAGCCCCUUGGCAGUGAAGCUCCAGAGGAACCUCCUACGAAAUCAUGCAAGAAAGGCUUGAAUUUUGAGUUAGAAAACUUAUUGACAGAGGAGAUAUAUGCCCAAAGAGAUCAAAAUGUCAACCAAAUAACUCAUCAAUACCAGCUUCGAAAUGCCAACAGAUCAUGCAAAUGGAGAUUUGAUUUGAAUUUGGAAUUUCAAUAUGAUGAUGAUGAGUCAUAUGAAAAUGAAGUGAUCAAAAGGGAAAAUGGGAUCACUGGGGAAAUGAAUAUGGUUGAUAAUGAGAUGAGGAAUAUGGUUGAUAAUGAGAUGAGGGAUUUGAAAAGUAGAGUUGAUCAAGAAGGUGAAGUUUGCAGUGAUUGCAAUUCCAUGCAGGUGUAUCGAAGGAUAUUCCGAAGAGAUCAAUGUCUUUCUAAUAGCAAAAAAAUGGGUCCCGUUUUCCCCAAAAUAUACAAGAAAAAGAGGUCGCAGAGGAGGAGAAGAGAAGCAAUGAUGUUGUUUGUCACAACAGCAACAGCUUGUCAAACCGCUUCCCCCUUAUCAGUAAUAAGGCGAAAGAAGAGAUCCAACAUGUUUACUCCAAGACGCAAUCUGGCUUCCCUAAUUGCAAUACCAAUAUGUGAUGAGUUGCCAUGGAAUAGGGGGAAAAAAGGCAUUCCUUCAGUCAAGCCUAAGAGGCCUAAAAAGACUGUACCUAAGAGAGUUACAGAUAUAGGGGAAGGAAUUUGUGAUAAAAAUUGCAUUGCAAAACAUUCCCCAACAUCUACCACUCCCCCUCGACAAUCAAGUAAGAAGAAAAGAAAGGGACAGACAAAGAAUAAGCCUCUUAAAAUUGAAAGGCAGCAGGCCAACAUUAUUGGUUGGGAAGCAGAAGAAGUCCGUGUAGAUUCCCUGAUCCAGAAAUUAGAGCUUCUAUCUAUAAGUGAUAAAAUCAAUCAGUUGGUUCCUUACCAGAAGUCAGCACCAAAAGGUAAUCAACUUGUUCGCUACCAAGCCAAAAAGCCUGCACCAAAAGUUGAUCUUGACCCGGAGACCCUGAAAAUGUGGAAUCUAAUAGUCCUCAAAAAUAGAAGUGAAGGGGUAGAAGAAGAAAUGGAUAAGAAAGACGAGAAAAGGUGGGAAGAAGAAAGAGAAGUGUUUCGGGGACGAGUGAAAUCAUUCCUUGCUUGCAUGCAUCUUCUCCAAGGAGAUAGGCGUUUCCAUCCAUGGAAAGGCUCCGUUCUCGACUCAGUUGUAGGAGUCUUCCUAACUCAAAAUGUGUCGGACAAACUUUCAAGUUCUGCGUUCAUGGCUCUGGCUGCUCUAUUUCCCCUCCCUUCAACAGCGAAUGAUGGUGCAUGCUACUUGGUAGACGAGGAUGAGGAGGACGAGGAGGAAGAUUGUCAAACUAGGGAUCGAAUCCAAUUUGUUUCUGCCACAGAAUCUAAUCCUCAUUGUAUGGAAAGUUCCACUAGUUACUCGGAAAGUAAAAAUUUGAAUAAUUCUAAUGAGGGAAAGAGAGGAAAAACUAAUGACAAAGAAGAUCAUUCUUUUGAUUGGGAUAGUUUAAGGAGAUUCUAUUCCAAUAGAGGGCGGAAAAGUAGAAUCCAUGAUGCAAGGGAUUCACUUGAUUGGGAAGCAGUUAGGCAUGCAAAUGUUACGCAUGUAGCCAAAGCUAUUUCAACACGAGGAAUGAGUAAUGUACUUGCUGCAAGAAUCAAGGAUUUUCUUGAUCGCCUGGUACGAGACCAUGGUAAGCUUGACUUGGAAUGGCUAAGAAAUGUUCCACCCGAGAAGGCAAAGGAUUACUUGUUGAGCAUACGAGGAUUGGGAUUAAAAAGCGUAGAGUGUGUACGACUUUUGACACUUCACCAUCAUGCAUUCCCGGUUGACACAAAUGUUGGUCGGAUAACCGUCCGUCUCGGUUGGGUUCCCCUUCAACCACUGCCUUCAGAUGUUUAUUUACAUAGUCUAGAUCAGUACCCACCCAUGGAUACCAUACAAAAAUAUCUAUGGCCCCGGUUGUGCACUCUUGAUCAAAAAACAUUGUAUGAGCUUCAUUACCAAAUGAUUACCUUUGGAAAGGUUUUUUGCACAAAAAAAAAUCCAUAUUGCGAUGCGUGUCCAUUGAGAGGAGACUGUAAGCACUAUGCAAGCGUGGUAGCUUCAAGAUUGCCAUUAAUAAAAAAUGGAGGUGAUGGACAACUUGACCUAGCAUCACUAAUAGAAAAUCAACCAGCUGCCCCAAAGGAAGAAGGUAUACCUAACUACGUGGGUUCAAAUUUGGUGGUGGAUAAUCAUAUUCCACGGGUAUCGGUAUCAAUUCUGGAGGAUGGUCCAAACUAUCAACCAGGAGGGACUUACAAUAAUUGUGAACCAAUUAUUGAAAUGCCCACAUCUCCUGGACCCAAGUCUGAAGAAAAGGAUAUCGAAGACUUUUGUGAUGAAGAUUUCGAUGAGAUUCCUACUAUCAGACUCGAUGAAGAGUUUGGAGCUGGUGUACAGGAUUGUCCACACAUGUAUCCCACUACUCAAGAGGAGCAUCAUGGUUCACAGGCUUUAGUUAGUGUAGCCACUUCCAUCCCUGCACGCAAAUUGAAGAAUAUAAGUCGUUUAAGGACAGAGCAUCAUGUCUAUGAACUUCCAGACUCACACCAUCUUCUAACUGAGCGUGGAAUGAGACGGGAAUCAUGUGAUCCAUGCCCAUUCCUUUUUGCCAUAUGGUCACCAGGUGAGACAGCUGAUUCUUUUGAACAACCUCAAAGAAGAUGUAAUUUGGAGGGGUCGGGAGGACUUUGCAAGGACGAGACAUGCUCUUUCUGUAAUGCUACCCGAGAACAAGAUUCCCAAAUAAUCCGUGGGACACUUCUGAUUCCGUGUCGAACUGCAAUGAGAGGAAGCUUUCCACUCAACGGUACAUACUUUCAAGUUAACGAGGUUUUUGCUGAUGAUGAAUCAAGUCGAAACCCAAUCAUUGUUCGAAGGACGGAGAUAUGGAACCUACCCAGGCGGAUGGCAUACUUUGGAACUUCCGCCACAUCAAUUUUUAGAGGUUUAUCGAUUAUGGAAAUCCAAAAUUGCUUUUGGCAAGGAUUUAUUUGUGUGCGAGGGUUCAAUCGGAAAACUAGAGCACCCAAGCCUUUGGUAAGAAGACUUCAUGUUUCACCAAGUCAUAUGGGGAAGGCAAAAGCAGGGGAUGAUGAAGAGUAAACUUCAUAUUGUCUAGUCCACCUAUAGGAGAGC